AUGACAAAGGCUGAGGACUUACUAUCAGAGGAAUUCAAGAAACGGUUUGGGAAAUACCCGGAAGUGGCUCAGUUUGACGAAGGAAAUGAGUUCUACAAUGUCGGUGUUAAGAACCUCUUACAAAAACACGACGUCCGCUAUUUUUCCACAAACUCUGACAGAAAAGCAGCUAUUUUAAUUAAAAAAUUUAACAGAACUUUGAAAACAACGAUGUGGAAGUAUUUCUACAGCAAAGGGACUUACAACUGUGUUGACGUCCUACAGUAAACGAGCUUACGAAUAACUAUAACCACACCAAAUACAGCAGUAUACUAAUGAGACCCGCUGAUGUAAACAAGCGGUUACGGAUAAGGAGAAUUUGCAUUACCUAAUUCAGAGUUGAUGAUGCUGUCAGAAUAACGAAGUACAAAAGUAUCUUUAGUAAGGGAUGUGAAGCGAACUUUACGGAAGAGAUAAUCAAAAUUGUAAAAGUAUUCAGAGGAGAUCCUAACAUGUACGAAAUAGAAAGUCAUGAUGGACAACCGAUCGGAAAGUUUUACGAAAAAGAACUAUCUGUCGUGGACAAAAAGGACGAUGUGUACAGAGAAGAGAAAAUUCUGAGAAGAAGAAAAGGUAUGGUACUGGUUAAGUGGUAAGGAUACGACCCAGUGGUUCCACAACGAACUUUGGACGAGAUGUCGGAAUAAUGAAACGGUCCUAUACGUUGGAUAAAAAGGAUUUUCUUAAAAGAAAACUGGGAGUAAAUAUCAAUAAGGGAGACGAACCAUCUUCUACAAUAAUCUUCGACAAAAUGAAGCUAACUGUAAAUAAGGCUGGAACGAAAAUUAACGGUGCUACAUUCGAAGGUGUUAAGAUCAUUAUUUCAAAGAACGGGAAAAUGAUAUACUCCACAGCCAAAGAAUCCGCCGUAAAUGAAUACAAGGAGCUCGUUAGGAAAGCUAAGAUAGAACAUUCAAAAACACUUGCAGCCGCAGUAGAGGAACAACUCGAACAGCAAUACUUGGACGCUCCCCAAGAACUUGUAGAUGAUGUGUUAGCAAACAUCAACGAAAGAAUGGAUGACGAAUUACCCAACCAAAGCGAAGCUAUUAGUAAUAGCGUAGUUAUAACGGAAAAUGAACUAAGAGGUAUCCUAAAAGCGAAAGAAAACUCAGGUAAGAAAAAGAUUAACUAUCUUAAAAUAGAAAAAAAUCACUGGAAAAAGUUAGCUAAAACCGAACGAACUGCAGGACGUGAACAAAGGGAAGAAGAAGUGAAGGCAAACGAUCUUAUAAGGUUCGAAGGAUUUAAAAAAUGGGCAAAAGAAAACAUCUCCGGAAUAUCAGUCGUAGCAAUAUCUGUGGCGGGUAUCAUCACCACGAUUAUUAUGGGAUCUAGAAACGUAGCAAAAAAGGGAGCAAGAGCAACAAGCAAAUGUUUGCAAAAGCAAUGGCAAACCUAGUCGGGAAGGUCGGACCCAUACUAUCAUCCGUACUAAACCUCAUCGCUAAAGUCCUGUCAUGGGGAACAAAAGGCGUUCCGUUCCUGGCGAAGAAUCUUUGGAUUUUAGCUCUAGCAUUAACCUACUUCCUAUACAACGAAUACGAAAAAAGAAAAAGAAAAAAGUAACUUUUUUUUCAUAUAUAAUAAAAAUGGGAGAUAGAAAAGACUUAAUGAACGAAGCUUACGAUGCCGGACUUAUCACACUUGGCGCAGUCGCCGCAUCCCUG